AUGGACCCAGUAUCAUUUGGGCAGUUGCCAGUAGACAUACUCAACCAUAUUAUUGACCAGCUUGAGAGACCCGAAUUAGUCUCAUUGUCUCGCGCAUCUAAAUGGACACGGGCAUUAACCACGCGAGCCCUUUGGGAGGCGAUCCGAAUCCCAGUUAUAAAUGACGAUGAAGGACGGCCAUUGGGUCUCCGGCCACGGGACAUCUGUCUCCCAAACGCAAUUGCGCCAACUAGGCUCCGGUUAUAUGAGUAUCUUGCGGAUCUACGCGAUCCCUCUUGUGUUCAUUCAAGAGAUUCCUAUCGUCCCUGGCGUGUUAGACUGCAAUCGGAGAGCCGUGACCGUCUCGUACCGCUGGUUAAUGGUGCCAUCUCAGUGCUAAAGCAGCUCGAGAUCAAUUCACUUGAUUCCUUUAGUUGGCACACGGGCACGUGCCUACCGGCUGAGAUAUUUGGAGAGCAAGGGAUACUGUCACUUCGACAGUCUUCUCUACGAUCUCUCAGUAUCAUUAGCAGCUCGGCUUGUCAGAGAUUAUCCAGUAUUAAUCUCUUGCCUUUUAAGAGUUUGACAAGCCUAUACUGGUCCGAUGCCUCACCCUACAACCUCGAGGCCCUGGCCACUGCUGUCCAGAUAAAUGCAUCGCAGCUUGAAACUCUCGAGGUGAAUUUCGUCAACUGGCCUAGGUUUUGGUAUAUCGUUGAGGAGUCUGAUGAUCCGUUCUUACGUUACGAUGAGAUUGAAGACGAAGACGAACUGUGGAUCUGUGAGGACACAUAUUUCGAGGACGAGGUUCUCGGGCAGAUGCGAAACCCGUUACAGCCCAUGUUUCCAGUGUUGAGAAGUCUUGCACUAACUCAAGUUCAUUUAUCCGAUCGUACAAUCUUAAACUUGAAUAUAGGCGCGCUCGAGUCCCUCACAAUCCGAUGGUGUGAUGGCUGGGUGGCCUUUCUGCGCAGCCUCGUCGACCUCGGAGUGCCCUUGGAUCUCGAUCACUUUGAGCUGCAGGCAGCAAAUCACGGGUGGGACGGAGAAUAUCACGCGUUGCUGGCGAGAUUCUUAGAGAGUCUCAGCCGACCAAAGUCGCUUUCUCUAGGUCAACUGGGGACUCACUCAAGCCACGGCGUGUGGAAUCGACUUGUGCAACACCAGAAAUCGAUCAGGCGUUUUGUGCACCAGCUAAAUACCAAAGUUUUGUUUGAUGGCAGCUCUUCUAUCCAGGCUGAACAUCUUACUGGGGAAGACUGGGAUGGCAUGAGACGAGACCCGUUCCGGGAAAACCCGUUCGCGAACUUCGAGUCGUUAGAAUUCUUGGGGCUAACUUGUGAGCCGGCUAAAAUGAGAAUUAUCACUUCACCGUUCGUAACCAAGUCCUGUCUUCGGGUUAUCCACAUAAGACGAACACUCGACUGCACACUAUCUUGGCGGGACUGGUUUUUGACUGAAGGGGUUGGUGAUAGCCUCGAUCCAUACGAUGACUCGAAGGAAGCGGAAAUCGACGAAACAUGCGGUCCAGGUGAAAUGAACUACGCCUUAAGAGGCGAGUUCCGUGAUUUUGCAGAAUGGGUUUUUGGACCGGAUGGGGUUCACUCACUCCAAACCCUUGUAUUCGGGGAUCUUAGCCACAUCUCCCACACGAGAAGAUUUUCGCGUGACCAAGUAGUUCUUGUUCGGGACGAAUCUGAAUCUGGCAGUGGAAACUUCAAGAUGGUUGAUAGAGACGAAGCGGUGUUUACGUUCAAUCUUGGCGGGUGCCUAGAUGCCAUAGAGGCCUGCCCGAAGUGCACAUUGACAAAAACGGACUGA